AUGGAAGUUCAGGAAAAUAUUGAGCCCUACUCGUUCAGCAAGAGAAAUAUAAAGAUUUCUUUAAAAUCCAAAGAAAAAGUAAUUAAAAGCAACGAUGGAAAUGCAUGGCUGCAGAAUAUAAGAAUGCAGCAAAAGCCUCAUGAGAAAUUUGGUUUCUAUAUCUUCCAAAAUGUAGCAAGCCAUUAUGUUGACUUUUUACUUAACCAAGGAUGUGUUUUAGCGUUAUUUUAUAAUUCCCAUAAAAUAUUUUUGGUAACAAUAACAGCAAUCGAAAUAUGGGAUGCUUCUAAUUAUGAUGAAUGGACAAGUUCAAUUAAAAAUCAAGCUGGAAAAGGUUUUAUUAUGGAUUCGGCUUCCCAUGUGAGCCUUUCUCCAGCAGGAUCAGUAACACCAAACAGCAGGCUGGAGGGUCUUAUCCUAGGCAGAAGGCUUUAACGCUUGGCACAGGAGGGAGCCUUUGGUGAAGCGCGCAAAGGAGUCAUUUUUUAAAGUGAGGUAAUGCUACCAGUGAAGGUUUUCUGGCAAGCCUGAGACGAUGCUCGUUUAGAAUUAUCUUAAAUGAUGUAAACUAGGAAGACUUGAUGAGCAGCAAGUUGGAGUUAAAAGGUGAGCUUCUUCUUAAUCAUCCCUUUAAAGAAUGCAACAAUUUAAAAUAUUACGUUAAUUAACCAAAAUUGGAAAGGGUUUUAUUAAAGUUAAAAGGCUCUAUAAGUAUAUUAAAAAUCGGAAGAACUUGUCUGAGAAAAAUCAGAGAGAAAUGGUGAGCUGCAAUUAA